UAAAUAAUCUACGGAAUAAGCAUUCUUCUUCCAUUUAGCCCAUUUGCUCCAUGGUGGCCACGCCCGGACAUACAAUCAAUACGCUAUUGUCUGACUUCAGGAAGCAUAACUUCCAAUGACAUUUUGACGUCCACUGAACCGGGAGUUUCAAUUUUCCGUACCUUUAACCGUGUUUUAUGGCCAAAUUUGAGCCGCAAAACAAUCAACACCGGCUGUGUUUGAUUGAGCCCCAAGUGUGCCCCAAAGGCAUUAAAUCGGUUGCGGAUAUUGAGAGCCAGUUUCAUCGCAUUCCUGUAUAGUGCAGUUCCUAACCUCACCAACAGUGAAACAUGUCCCUUUUGCCCCAUUUGGGGCCCGCUGGGGACUAUCUAAAGCAAUUGCGCCAACUAGUGCCGUUCAGGAUAUCGCUUUCAACCACCCAGAAGGUGGCCCUGAUCUCUAUGGGGGCUGGGAUAAUAGUGGUUGGGAGCCUGGCAAGGUUCCUCCGCAGGCGGAAACAUGUUAUCGACCCGGCAAAGCUGCGAAGGAACAAUUUCAGCAGCAAACGCUCCAGAGCUUCGGGGGUGCGCAGUCCCAACGUAGACAUUGGAAGCAUAGCGAGCAGUGGUAGAAGGAGUGGUCCGUAUAGUAUCAUAUAUGGGGAGCGCUAUUCAAGGCAGGGCUCCGCCAUUGUCAGUACGAGCGAAAAGGCUUCUGUGGUGUCUGGAAGCGUGACUAGUGGUUCAGUAACCAUUGGGGCAGUGGAGGAUGGGGGAGGCGAUGUAGAGCUCACGCCUCAACAGCUGGGAGUGAUGGGAAUGGAGGCACUGGAGAAUUGCAUACGCUGUUGGGAGAACGCACUGUCGAUCUACCGGGACAAAGACAGUGGCGGCGGCCAAUUGGCGAUGCUCAGCACGGAGGAAACCGGCUUCUGCAAAGAUUUGCAGCUGCUUCUGGAUUCAGCCAUCGAGCUGCAGGAAAAUUCGGAAAUCCUGUUCUUGGACGAGAGGUCGGUGCUUUUUCGUCCGGAGAGCGCACGCGACGUCAAUGGUAUGGACACGGACUUUUCUGGAGGAGAAAGCUUUGCUUCCGCCCAAGACCAGGAGUUCGAAGAGUUCUCCGACUAUUUCCCGGACUUGGAGGCGCAUCCGCUCUACCAAGCGGCGCUGAGGCAGCUGGAAAACGGGGGAAUUCCAUGCCGCACUUUGAGAACGGAAGUGGUGAAGUGCGGCUGCGAUGGCGAGUAUCUGGCCAAGCUGCACUGCUUGCGAUUGGCGUUCCAGCUGUUGCUUCGCGAUCCUGUCCACUAUAUCUGGUUUGCUGACGCCGGACGCCAGAUCUUGGCCGACCUGAUGCUCCAUGCGGACAAAGAUCCGAAAGACUUUCUGAUCGGCUACGAGGAGAUCUUGCAGUACAUCCAAGAUCCGAAGCAGUGGCGCGACAUGGAGGAGGAGCUCAGCACUCGAGGAGUGAAAGCGCUCACUUUCUACGACGUGGUCUUGGACUACAUUCUAAUGGAUGCGUUUGAGGACCUGGAGAGUCCGCCCUCGUCGGUGAUGGCCGUCAUCCAGAACCGAUGGCUCUCCAAGGGCUUUAAGGAGACGGCCCUCACAACUGCAGUGUGGUCAGUGCUGAAGGCCAAGAGGAGAAGACUGCGCUUCCCCAACGGAUUCAUGGCGCAUUUUUACCCCCUCUCCGAGCAACUCUCGCCGCUACUCGCCUGGGGUUUUCUCGGCUCGGACGAGUCGCUCAGGGACACUUGCGUGUACUUCAAGGAACAGUUCAUGGGGUUUUUGGCGGACAUUUUCAGCUUUCAAAAGUGUCGAUUUGUUACGGUUGAAGAUCUGGCAGCUGAUGUGCUCACUAAUCUCCGCAUUCGCGUUAGGAAUAUUUGUCAGAGACUUUGCGUGCCGACUUAGAGACUGCUUGUGCAAACGGCUCCACAUUCCCGGACUAGUACCGAAGCGCAUUUAGUGCUGGCAUUUUCUUCUAGAUGAAACAUUCUGUACCAACUAGACGUCGUCUUAUCCAGUAAUUUUACUGGGAUUCAUCAGGUUGUCAAGCCAAUAAAACUCUUAUUUUCCGCUCGUAACUCCAUUAUGAUUUAUUUCAUGAGAAUCAUUGGAAACUCAGAUCACAACGGACAAAUUGAGGUUUUAUCACUCCGCAAUCCAUGUAAGUGUGAUGCGAUGUCAAAGGCAAAAAAUCAGCUCUUUAUUAUAUUUUAAUAAUUUAAUUUAUCGGUACGUAAGAAUUCUGUGAAAUUCACCAGAUUAAGUAUGUUAUUUUCGUAUGUAGCAAAGCGAUGAAUCGUUUUAGUUGUGCAAUUGAAUGUAUUUUAAGGCAAUUUGUAUUGAAAGUGUGACUAUGUUCAUACCGCUUCUUGUUGAAGUAGGUUGACGGAUGAUUUUCUUAAAUUUUUACGACCUUAAGACGUUCAAACGUUGAGGCAAUAAGCUAGUUUUGGCAAAAAGUGCACUAUAUUUCGUCAUGACGUUUCAGUCCCAUUGUUUGUUCCUACUUUUUCUCUUGAGCAAAACAAUAAAUAUAUUAAUUAAUUUAUA